CUUUUAUAGUCUAUUUCAAACUCAAAUUUUUAAUCUGUGCUCUGUUGUAGCUGAUUUGCCCGUGAUAAAAAAAAAAAUGAAAAAUGAUGGAAAAAUGAAUGAAGGCUAUGAAGUAUGAACAGUAAGCACCAAAUGAAAUGAUCUGCCUUUUGAUGUCGUGAACAGUUUUGAAAACCGAAAUUUCGGUUUUAUUGUGAUUAACAAAAAAUAAAGAUACAAGUGAAUUUUUUCAAUAUAUAAUUAUAGUAUUCAUAUAAAAAUGCAUUCUUGUCGGCAAGUGAUAUGUAAUUCAGCUCGCUGGAAGUGUGCUUUACCAAUUAAUUUAAAAACUUCUGUUAUUCAGCUCAAACCAGAGCAGUGUUCUGUGCUAGAAUGUCGCAAUUACUCAGCCCGGAAGGGAUUUUUCUCAUCCAUAAUAGAAAAUAUCAAAGAGGAUAUCGCUAAAAACAAGGAAAUGAAAGAAAAUAUAAAAAAAUUUAGAGAGGAAGCUCAGAAAUUAGAAAACUCGGAGGCCCUACAAGCUGCGAGAAAAAAGUUCCAUGCAGUAGAAUCAGAAGCCUCUAAAAGCUCAGAAGUAUUGAAAGAAACUCUCGAAGGCAUCAAGGGUAGAGUAGGACAUGUGUUGGAAGAAGCAAGUAAGACUGACAUUGUUAAAAAGGCUGGAAAAAUAACCGAAGAUAUAUCUAAGACAGCAAAGGAUGCAGCGGAAAGUUUAGCUGACAGAAGCCAACAGCUCGGCAAAACGACUGCUUUUAAAACAAUAUCACAGGCUACCGAGGUAGUUAAAAACGAAAUGGCUCCGAAGGGUUUGGAGGGUCGCGUGUAUACGUCGCCGGCGAGUUUACGGAAACGAGUCGAGGUGGCCGCUGAUGAGCGUUCAGUAACUCCGGACACCGAGACCCUGGGCGUGGAACUGCACAAGGACUCCAAGUUCUAUCAGCAGUGGGAGGACUUCAAGAAUAACAACCAGUAUGUUAACAAGGUACUAGAUUGGAAAAUUAAAUACGAAGAGUCAGAAAAUCCAGUUUUCCGAGCGUCAAGAUUCGUCACGGAUAAAGUGAGCAGUCUAUUCGGAAACUUAUUUGAAAAAACGGAACUGUCGACUACACUUACUGAAAUUUGUAAAAUAGAUCCAAAUUUUACCGCGCAGAAAUUUUUAGAAGAUUGUGCCAAUGAUAUAAUACCGAACAUUCUAGAAGCCAUGGUCCGGGGAGACUUGGAGAUACUUAAAGAUUGGUGUUACGAAGGUGUCUACAACAUUCUGGCGACACCGAUCAACCAAUGUAAGCAGCUUGGCUACCGGCUCGACUCUAAAAUACUCGAUAUUGAAAAUAUCGAGCUGGUGAUGGGUAAAAUGAUGGACCAAGGUCCCGUACUAGUGAUCACAUUCCAAUCUCAGCAAAUAAUGUGUGUGAGGGACGGUAAGAACAAUGUCAUAGAAGGAGAUUCAAACAAAGUUAUGCGAGUUAACUACGUUUGGGUUCUUUGUAGAGACCCUCAGGAACUAAAUCCUAAAGCGGCUUGGAGAUUACUCGAACUAUCAGCGAACAGUGUAGAACAGUUGAUAUAGUAAUUGUUAUUUUGUAGAUUGAUUAAAAUCGUUUUAUUGUUACAUGGUUUUAUUCUAAUCAGACCAUUUGCUUAACAGAUUUACAGCCUGUUUCACCGGUGCUGGAUAAUGCUAUUUGACGGAUUACACUAUUCAACGGAUUAAAGUUUUGAUAUAUUUUUUUUGUUUACCAUAGAAUUCCACAAUAUUAAUUAGAUAUUUUUAUUUGCAAAUAUGUAUUUAAAACCUAUAGUUUAUUAAUUAAGGAGAAACAGGUUCUAAUGACCUAUAAUCUAAUCGUAACUUAUUUGCAGGACAAACUUAAUCCAAAACCAGUGAACCAGGCUCUUAAUACAAAGCCUUAUUAUAAACUUAAUAUGUCAGUAUUUGCUCGUUAAAUAUUUAUUAUUCAUAAACGUGUUCAUUAUAGAAGAAUGUUAGUAAGCCAUAGCUUUUUCUAAUGGAAAGUAAUUUUUGUGCUUCGCCUGUCAUGUGAUUUCCUGUUUGGUGAAAAGUUUAGACAAUAUUAGAUAAUGAAAGUAUAGGUAAAUAAUGUUAUCGUAGUAUAAAAAAUUAAUAAUUAUUAUAAAAAUAUAAUAAAUAAUAAUAGAAAAAUCUUUGGAGAGUUACAUAACUGUAACUUGCUUAAACAAAGCUAUUCAUUUAAUUGGGCUGUUGUUAAACUAUUUAUUACUAAUUUGCUGUUUUAAAACCAUUGGUCUGUUCAUAGUUAUAUUUAUACACUAAUGUGUACCUAUGAUUUUAGUUUUGAUACUAUUGGUUCUAUUGUUGUAAUAAAUUGUUCUAUUUA